CAAACCGCUGUUCAUGUCAUCAAAAUAACUUGAUGCCAAAAGCAAGCGUGUGUCGGCUGGAUCGUUUAUUCGCUCGGUUUUACCGCUUUAACUCAAGCUUCGGGAAGAGAAAUUCGUUUGUGAAUUAAUCUCCAUAGUUUCUUUAUCUUAUCUUGUUUAAGAAUCAUGAAAAGUCUACUAUUUGCAGUAUUUUUAUCUCUGCUUAACUACGGUGCUUAUGGUAGGAAUGGAUGUCCAGACAUAUGUGACCAGUCAACCUGCAAAGCGUCCACAAUCCGUUGUCGCCGUGAUGUGUUUGUAAAAGACGACUGUGAUUGUUGUAACGUGUGUCUGCGGUCUGAAAACGAGGUUUGCGGUGGAUUUCACGCACGAUAUGGUAAAUGUGAUCAGAAUUUGAUUUGUGCUGACCAGAGCAGCGAGGCUUUCAUUGAUGACCAAAAUGAGGAGGUCGGCAAAGAUGAAAAUGACGUCAUUGGAGUGUGUCAAGUCAUCAAGACAUUCUACGUCUCUUUUCAAUUAACAAAUAUUUUGAAUGAAAGCAUUAUACUGAAGACAUCACUGGAGUCACCUUACAAUAUAUUUGACGUUCAAAGUGGUGAAACUGUGAAGAGACAACUUAAAGUUUUCACUGAUAAUGCAGUUACUUUUGAAGCGUUUGAAAAUGAUAUAAAAACACGCAUGCGCAUCAAUGGAAAGGAUGUCUACGUUUUGUUGCCAGAUGAAAUUUCCGAUAAUACAUUUGUUUUGGAUGUUGGAAACACAACUAAAGCAGAGGCUCAGGACUGUGUUUUAUCAUUGUGGUCGCCAUGGUCAGAAUGCAGCGUGCAGUGUGGAUUUGGCACAAUGACACGUCGUCGAGAUAUCUUAAAAGAACCUAAAAACGGUGGCAGAUCAUGUCCAGUUAGACUUGAAAAGAAAGGAUGUUUCCGUCAAAACUGCAGAGACGAUAUGGUGUUGGCACAAAUCCUUCCCGCUGAUUUUCGCCGGCUAGGUUCCAGCAUUUACGAGACCAUUUUGCCGAAAAAGAAAGUGUUGACCGCAAGUGAGAAAGUGCGCCAGAGUUUCCGUAGCCAUUGUGUCAAUUUCAAAUUAAUGUCGAAACAUCCAUACUGUAAAGGCACAUGGGCAGAAAGUCUCAAAUUAUCGAAACCAAUGUGCGUGGAAUGUCAACCAGCUACAAUGAAUGAUAGUGGUUUCUGUAGAGGAGAGGGAAUUGUGGGUAAUUUUACGUCAUGGAUGGCAACAGACGCGAAAAGUUGCAGUGGAUUGUGGAUGAGAGUUGGAGAUAAAAUACCCAAUUGUAAAUGUGUCGAUCAAAAAUUCCAGAAUUUCAUUUUCGUUUAGAAUUUCUUCAAAA